AUGGCGGCACGGAACAAGGAGCAUUUCUUCCAGCACGGCAAAAAGGGCAACGACGAAGAGAAGGCCGACUGCCACUGGUGCCAAAUUCGCUCCUUCAGGACGCACCCUGACUUCCCCGUCACAAUUGUCAACACCGUCGACGAUGCGGUCCUCAAAACCGACUUCAUGUUCACGGACGAGUCUGUGUACGGUCCCGGCGUCGAACCAGCUAGGGAUGAGUUCCGCAGCGGCUGCGACUGCGAGGAUGGCGAAGACUGCCAGUACAACACGUGCCACUGCCUGCAAGAGAUGGACGAGGAGUCCGACUCGGGAGAUGACGACGGCUAUGGUACGCCCAGGCGGAAGAUAUACGCAUACCAUACGCAUGGCACCAAGAGGGGUCAUCUGAGGUCGGACGUGCUGGAGUCCAGGGCCCCGAUCUACGAGUGUCACGAUGGAUGCGCCUGCGGCCCGGAGUGCCCGAACCGAGUUGUCGAGCGUGGCAGGCGGAUCCCGCUACAGAUCUUCAGAACCGAGAACAGAGGCUGGGGAGUGCGCAGCAUGGUAGAUAUCAAGCGGGGCCAGUUCAUCGACAAGUACAUGGGGGAGAUCAUCACGCCCGAGGAGGCAGACCUGCGCAGGGCACAGUCGGGCAUUGCACAGCGGAAGGACGUCUACCUGUUCGCGCUCGACAAGUUCUCCGAUCCCGACUCGCCCGACGAGAGGCUGCGUGGGCCGCCGCUCGAGGUGGACGGCGAGUUCAUGUCGGGCCCGACGCGGUUCAUCAACCACUCGUGCGACCCGAAUCUGCGCAUCUUUGCCAGGGUCGGCGACCAUGCCGACAAGCACAUCCACGAUCUGGCGCUCUUCGCCAUCAAGGACAUACCAAAGGGGGACGAGCUGGCUUUUGACUACGUGGACGGCGUGGACGACUCGGACAAGGAUGCGUUUGACCCGGAGAUGAAGAAGGACAUGACCGUCUGUCUGUGCGGCAGCAAGAAAUGUCGUGGGUUUUUGUGGUAG